UUAUAACCACAAACCGGGGAGUGAACUUUUACGAAAUAGAUGUCUGCUGUUACAAAGUUGAAACAGUUGUGUCCAAUAUGAUAAAAAGAUAUUUGAAAUAGAAUGUCAACGAGACAUUUACCCAGAGCAAUUGGGAGCAGGGGAAAAACUGCACUUGAAAUAGAAAGAGAGAAUUUUGAGAAAAGUCAGCAUGUAGCAAUCACCAAAGCCAUCAGUGCGACGGAAUGUCCAGUAAAGGAGAAACAUGCCAGAACUAUUGUUCUAGGUACAUUUAAGGACCAUGGUGCAGGAUUAUACUGGUCAAUUGGAGGAAAAUUGCCAUUGCAGGGCAAUCCAAUUAUUGCAUGGAAAUUUAUCCAUGUACUACAUAAAAUACUGAGGGAUGGACAUCCACAUGCAAUACCAGACUCAUUUAAAAACCAUGCAAUCUUGAAAGAGCUUGCAAAACUAUGGAUGCAUCUGAAGGAAGGAUAUGGAAAGCUUAUUGCUUGUUAUUGUAAACUGUUGGUGGAGAAACUGAAUUUUCAUAGAAAGAAUAAAGAAAUACCAGGAAACCUGAAUUUAUCAGAUGAACAGUUUGCUAAGAUUUGUGGGUCUGAUGUUAAUAAUUAUUUUGAGAUCAGUGUAGAAAUGCUGGAUUACAUGGAUGAGAUUUUGAGUCUUCAACAAGCAGUGUUUGGUUCAUUAGACAUGUCAAGAUCUAACUCGAUGACAAAUUCUGGACAAUGUCGACUUGCUCCAUUGAUAUUGUGUAUACAAGACUCAUGUCAGCUCUAUGAUUACAUUGUUAAAUCCUUGUUCCGUUUACAUUCUAGUCUUCCUCCCGACACACUGUCUGGCCAUAGAGACAGAUUUCUAUCCAUGUAUAAAAGAUUAAAACAGUUUUAUUUGAGUAGUAGUAACCUUCAAUAUUUUAAAAAUCUAGUCCAAGUUCCAGGUUUGCCUGAUGAACCUCCCAACUUUUUAAUAGCAUCAGAUUUCAGUAAACAUGUUAAACCUGUGGCUGUGGUACCAGAUGAACCAGAACCAGAGGCGGAGCCAGAGAUAGAAGUUGAGGAUUUGAUUGACACGUCAGUCUCACAACCACCUGUACAGGUGAACAACUUUGGAAAUGGUUUUCCCGAAGUGGAUGAAAGAGAUCAUAUAAUAGAAAGAUUAACAAAAGAAAUCCAUUAUCUCAGAUCAGAGAUAGAAAGAUUAAAAUUAGAGGACCAGAAGAUUUUAUCAGCACAGAAAGAAGAGAUAGCCAGAUUAGAGAAAAUAUUAUCUGAGUUACGAUUGUCUGCAGAUAGGUCUUUAAAAGAUAAUGAUGAAUUGAAGAAGAGAUUAAAACAGACAGAGACGGUACAUGUUGGUGCUGCUACAAAAUUAGCAGAUGCUGAAAAACAUGCAAAAGGAUUUGAAGAUAAGUUCAAGAAGAUGAAAGAUAUAUAUCAGAAAUUAAGAGAGGAACAUGUCUCACUAUUACGAACAAAUGCAGAAGUAACAAAAAAAUUAGAUGCAGAAAAAAGAACUGUUGCUGAAAAGGAACAAUUACUGAAGGAAUCAAAAUCAGAAAUGGACAGAAUAGAACAAGAGAGAAAGGUGAUUCAGGAAAGCUUGAAACAAAGUGCUGACCAGACCUCAUCCCAGCUGGCCAUGACAAUGGCUAAAAAUACAGACUUGCAAACAGACAAAGAGCAUUUAGAGAAUCAAUUAAAAAUGUUGGAGGACACUAAGUCUAGUUUAAUGAACCAGUUGCAAGCAUCUGAAGAAGAAUGUUCUAAUCUGCAAACACAACUAAAUGAAUUGGAGGAUGAAAAAAGGACACAGGAGAGUUCUCUAACAGGGGAAAUAACUACUCUACAACAACAAUUUACAGCAUUGAAAAUAGAAAAAGAGUCUUCAGACACUGAACUUGAUCAUCAAAUACAAGAAUUAAAGACUAAAUUGGAACAAGAAAUGUCAGACAAGAAAUCCUUAGAACAACAGCUUAGACAACAGAUAUCAGAUUUAGAAUCCAGACUUAGUCAAAGUCAAUCAGAAAAACAGAAUACAGAACAAAAACUAUCAGGAGAUAUAGAUAUGAUACAUAAACAGUUACUGGAUGCAUCCAUAAAAGAGGGAAAGGUCAUUAUACAAGAUGCUUUAGAUCAGUUUGAAAAUCCUACACACAUAGCUGUUAAAUGUACAGCAGAAUUCCUGUUAAUGAGAACAGAACCAGUGCUAUCCAGUCUGGAAACAAUUAAAGGAAUGCAGGGAAAAUACAACAGUGACAGAACAGAAUUAGCCAAUCUUGUGAAAACAAUCACUGGAUUUUCACAUCACUAUGGAGACUGUGUGAUUCAUGGUAUUGCUACAACACACUCAGCUAACCUUGAAGCAGGGGAAGAGUUAGGGAAUGCCUGUAGAGAAGCUGGAGAGAGUGGACUAAAGGUGCUCGAUACAUUAGGAAAAGGUGCUAACAUAGAAUCUGAUGUCAACCUUGCUGUACAGUGUGUAAAGAAAAUGAUAACACUAGCAGAAGAUCUGGUUCCUAAGUCUGUGGAGAUCAAAGAGAAGGAGAUUGGGGACUUGGUGGAUACCGAGAUGCAGUCCACAACAUCAGCUAUUGAGAUGGCUGCUAGGAGAAUAGCUGAAAUGUUAGAGAAGGCAAGAGAAGCAACAAGUGGUGUAGAAUUAAAAGUAAAUGAGAGUAUACUUGACUCUUGUACUAGUCUUAUGCAUGCAAUAAGAAUAUUGAUAGAAAGAUCAAGAGAUUUACAGAAGGAGAUAGUGGCACAGGGCAGGGGAACAUCAACAGAAAAAGAGUUUUAUAAGAAGAAUCACAGAUGGACAGAAGGAUUGUUAUCAGCAGCUAAAGCUGUUGGCUGGGGAGCCACAGCAUUGAUGGAAGCUGCAGACAAAGUAGUUAAGGGAGAAGGGAAGUUUGAGGAGUUAAUCGUCUGUUCUAAUGAGAUAGCUGCAAGUACAGCUCAACUGGUUGUUGCCUCAAAGGUCAAGGCUGAUAGGAGGAGUAAAAAACUAACUUCAUUAUCAGAGGCAUCUAGAGGGGUGACUGAAAAUACUGGAAAGGUUGUGGGAUCAGCAAGGGAAGGAUCACAGAUUAUUGAAGAACGAGGCCUUAUGGAUUUCUCCAAACUUUCACUGAUGCAGACCAAAAAGAAUGAGAUGCAGUCUCAGGUGCGAGUACUUGAGUUGGAAAAGGAUUUAGAAACUGAGAGGUACAAACUUGGUGAACUGAGAAAGAAGCAUUAUCAACUGGCCGGAGCGAGUGAAGGCUGGGAUGAAGAUGAGGACCAAGAGUGUGACACUGAAUCACCAAGGCAACCAGGAACCCCAUCACCACCACCAUUGGAGUUUGAUCCAUUUAUGUAGCAGGUUAAACAGAACUGUCCAUUGUGUUCUGGACAAAGAAGUAAACCUGAUGUUGUAUAGCACUGUAACCCUUGGCUCUAUCACCAAGCUAGCUAAAUGUUGUGUUCUGUCGCAAGUUCGGAGAACUAAAACGGGUUCCAGCUUAUUUGCUUUGGUGACCAGUACAGUUGCUAUGGAAACCAUUAACAUAUCAAAUGUUUGAUAUUGUAAUAUUGUGGACCAGAAAUUAAAAUAAUUUGGUUUUAAGGCUUUUAUUAGUGGUAGCUAUGUUUAUAUAAACAAACUGGAACUUUUCUAGCACUUUCGUUUGUUCACUGCUAGUAAGUGUGCUGAUUAGUGUAUUUUAAGGAUUUGAUAUUUAUGUGUUUUAUCAAAUAAGAGUAUAUGAAUUUAGAAUGGAAACUGAAUGGAAGAGCAUAUGUGUCUAUGUAACAUAUAUUUUUACAUAUAUAUAUAUAUUUACACUUGGUUAAUUGAUUUAAUAAAUGCAGUAUAAACAAGUAUAAUUUGAGGGUGCAGGUCCUUUCCUUAGAUACAGUCAUCAAACCUACAUUUUAUGAAAGUUGUAUGAUUACUUUGUUAACCUUCUGUCUCAUGGUGUAUUCUCUGUCUAUCUUCAGAAUAAAGUACUACAUUGUUUAAAUAUGAUUACAAUAUAAAUAAAUAUGAUUACAUGGUCAAAAUAUGAUUACAAAGUAAAAAAUAUGAUUACAUAGUAAAUAAAUAUGAUUACAUAGAUAUUAUUUUUUAUACUUUAUUUCAGUUUGUUUUUAAUUGCAUAUAACUAUUUAUAUCUUAAUAUAUUAUGUUUUAUUUGUUGAAGUUUUUAUAUGAUUAUAAUGAUAGUCGUUAAAACAGGCAGAUUUGAAAUGUAAAAUGGUAUAAAAGAUAAUCUUUUUUGCUAUAUAAUUUUUUUGUUAUUUUCUUUAGGUUUUUUGUUAAGCUGUUUAUGUAAUAAUAGUGAGUGACCAAUUUAUUGAAUAUAAUUGUAUCAUGAUGAUAUCCGUUAUAACAUGGACUUCUGGUCUACACAUCAAUCCAUGUGUCAGAAAGUAAUCCAUUUCAAUAUCCAAGUAAUGAGAUCAUACUCAAUAAAUCAGGGCAUAAGGAUUAUUUACAGAACUAACUUUUUUUAUUGUUCAAUAUGAAGUCAAAGUUUAUUUAUUACUAAUUAAAAUUUUCAUUGUGUGCUCUAUUAAAAAGUGCUAUCAGCAUUUUGGUGUCAAAUUUCUAGUCACUAGAAAGGAAACGUGUAAUAUUUUCUAUUUUCUAUGGCAUUGUUAUUUGUUUUGUAGAUAAUGGAUAAUUUGUUUUUUUAACUCCUUUACAUAUGAAUCUCAAUUUAUUUAUGAAACGAUCAAUUAAUGAAUUCAAAUUUUAUUGGAAUAAUUUCUGGUGUAUUUUUUGUUAUGAAAUAUCACCAAGAAGAGUAAUAUUUUUUAAAACGAAAACAUCCUGUUAUAAAGCUCAUUAAAAGCAUACAGAAGAAAUUAAAUCACAUUUAAAAUUAUGAAUACAUUAUUAAGAGAUAAGAUGUUCAUAUAUAAAAAUGAUUAAUAAACUUUAUGUUGGGAUCUUUGUAACACGUACUUGUACAUCUUACCAAUUUUCCCUUUCCAAUCGUGACACCUAAAAAAUUGUUUAAAUGAUUCAGAACACAAAGAUGAUCAAAAUUCUCAAUCAAAAUAAAGAAGAACAAAACAUAAUUGAAAUCUACACCUCUUAUAUCAUGUGUGGCCUUACAUUUUUAUCAGCUUUAUUAAUUAAAGUGGAGAGGUCUUGCACUUCGUUGCUGACCAAAGUGAUAAACAGUGGUGAAAUGACGAUAAUUUGAAAAUUUUGAAAUGAUAAAAACAUAUGAUGCAGUCAGAAAAUGCAAGUUUACAGAUGACUGAGAAGCGUUUACAGGGAAUAAAGACUUGUAAUUAAAAAUUUUGCACAUAAUUUGACAAAAUUUUGCUCUGUUUCCCUUCUGACGGUCUUAUCAAUAACCAUUGUAAAAUAUUAGUAGACAUUUUUUACUCUAUGAAUUUCACACACAAAAAAAGUAUUACACAUAAAGCAUUUUUAAAAAUAAAUUUACUUGUGAAAGUCUCAUUAUUGUAUCCGGGUGAAAUUCCAGUUAUGUAAAAUAAA